CAAUCUGAUAAUUUCGUCGUCCCCAAGCCAAAAAUCCUGGCGUUCCGGACGCUGAAGGUGCAGCCCCGAUGAGUAACAUGCUUCCGCUCAUGUACUAUUUGAUUUCCGUCUUGUUAAUUAAAAGCAGUGAUUAAAGACCCGUUUGAUUUUGAGGCGUGAAAGUGCAGAGCAAAGAUGGCUGAAGAAUCAAGCCAGCCUAUCAGGUUAAUGAAUUUCGUUUCCGAGGAGCAGUUAGAUGAAGCUAAGAGAACGAGAGGGGCGCGGGUAGAAGAUGGCACUCUACAGAGGGAUAGGACUCUCUAUGAGAUUCUAAAGGAGAAUAAAGACAAGAAGGAUGCAGAAUUUAAUGAACGAUUCAAGCACAGGCCACCAAAAGCUUUGGAUGAAGAUGAGACUGAGUUUCUCGAUAAAUUAGAGUUGUCAAGGAGGGAAUAUGAACAACAAGUGGCAGAUGAAGAAGCUGAACAGCUACGAAGUUUCCAGGCAGCAGUGACAGCACAGUCAACUAUUGUGCAAGAACUGAAGGAAAACCCGGCACCUCCUGCAGUCAAGUCACAAAUUUCUGUUGCGAAGAAGCAUCCGGCCGCUGCUCCAUUGAAUAUGAUUAUAAAAGUUAAGCCGCAGAGAAAAAAAGCAAAGAUGGAUCAGGAAAGUGUUCAAGAACCUUCAGACACAGCAAAAGAACUCGAUAGUAGUACCAAGAAAUCUUCAGAUUCCACAAAAACUCCUAAUGGCGAUACUAAUAAAUCCCAUGAUGUUGUUACCUCAGGUUUAGUUUCAUACAGUGAUGAAAGUGAGGACGAUGACUAGCAAUUUUAUGUGUAAUCUCUCAUGAAGGGUUGUAAUUGAUUAAUUCAAUUUCUUAAAUUCUGUUCUCUGUAUACAGUGCAUGCACAAUUAUUUGUAAAGGCCUGAAGCUAGGGCCUUUUGUGUAGCAAGCAUCACUCUACCUUCUACAUGUUUGACACUUGUACAAGUAGGUUGUUUACUAGUUAUUUAUAAACAGCCCCGUGAGGGAAAAAAGUGCUUCUCUCCCAA